GCCUACCUUUUUCCAUUUUGCUGUCAGGUUUCUAUAAAAACCAAAUCAGUUCGGUCUCUAAGUUUCAUCAAACUCAACAUAAAACUUACCAGAACAAGGCGCAACCAGUUGAAUUCGUUUCUUUUCUUCAUUCAAAAACUAAAGAUUGAUUUGAAGGACUAUUUAUAAUGUCAGUGGAGUCUAAGCAGAAUAAGUUCUUCCAUGGAACCCUUGAAGCUACCAUCUUCCACGCAACUCCUUACGUACCAGUGUUUCCCUUCAAUUGUGCAUGUUUAGGUGAGAAGGCUACCUAUAUAACAAUCAAAAUAAACGAGAAAAAAGUAGCAGAGACAAAACAAGUUAGCGACCGAACAUGGAAUCAGACCUUCCAAAUACUGUGUGCUCAUCCUGCAGAUUCAACAAUUACUAUAACAAUGAAGACCCAGUGCGGGUCAACUUUGGGAAAGAUUCAUAUUUCUGCUCGUAAAAUGAUAGAAGAUUCAACCUUAUUUGAGGGUAACUUUUCUACCUUAUCGGAGAAAGGAAAACCAAACCCUGAGCUAAGGGUUCAGUUCAUGCUAUGGUUUAAACAUGCAAACCAUGAACCAACUUGGGAUAAAGUACUGAAUCAUGACAAGUUUGCAGGACUUAAAAAUGCUAGUUUUCCUCAGAGAUCUAACUGCAACGUCAUACUGUAUCAAGAUGUUCACCAUCACCCUACUUUCCAACCACCAGUAGAUUUUCAUGGAGAAGGCCCGAGAAAGUUGUGGGUGGAUGUUUUUAAGGCCAUUAAUGGUGCUAAGCAUUUGAUUUAUAUAGCAGGAUGGUCUUUCAAUCCUAAAAUGGUGCUGGUUCGAGACCAUGAAGCUGAUAUCCCACAAGCAAGAGGAGUAAAGAUCGGGGAUCUGUUAAAACAAAAGGCAGAAGAAGGAGUUGCUGUGAGAAUCAUGCUUUGGAAUGAUGAAACAUCGUUACCAUUUAUCAAGAACAAAGGAGUCAUGGGAACCCAUGAUGAAGAUGCUUUUGAUUACUUCAAACAAUCUAAGGUUAUAUGCAGAUUGUGCCCUAGAUUACACAAUGAUUUCCCUACAUUCUUUGCUCACCAUCAGAAGACCAUAACCGUGGACACACAAGCAAAUUUUCUAUCAGCCAAAUUUGGUAACAAGUACAUUAAUAGUAGUAGUAGAGAACUUACGAGUUUCAUCGGUGGCGUGGAUCUCUGUGAUGGACGCUAUGAUACAGAAGAUCAUUCGUUGUUUCGAACACUUAACAAUGAAUCACAUGUACUGGAUUUCUACCAAACCAGCAUAGCUGGUGCCUGCCUCCAAAAAGGCGGACCCAGAGAACCCUGGCAUGAUGCUCAUGCUUGCCUCACUGGUGAAGCAGCUUGGGAUGUGUUGAGCAAUUUUGAGCAGCGCUGGACCAAACAAUGCAAUCCUUCUCUUCUUAUUCAGACAAACGACAUUCCAAAUUUAUUACAUAAUUCCCAACCUCAGCAAGUGGAAAAUCAAGUAGCGAACUGGAAAGUUCAAGUCUUCAGGUCGAUCGAUAGGGUUUCAGUGUCUUUGCCAGACAACAUUGCAGUAGAAUGCAGCAUCCAUGAAGCAUAUGUAGAAGCAAUCAGGCGUGCAGAGAGGUUUAUUUACAUCGAGAACCAGUAUUUUAUAGGAGGUUGCCACAUGUGGGAGAAGGAUAGGAAUUGUGGCUGCAAUAACUUGAUCCCUGUAGAAAUUGCUCUAAAGGUGGUAAAGAAGAUUAAAGCAAAAGAAAGAUUUGCUGUAUAUAUAGUGAUACCUAUGCGGCCAGAAGGAUUACCAAAUAGCGAACCUGUUCAGGAGAUGCUUUAUUGGACAAGACAAACGAUGAGCAUGAUGUAUAAAUUGAUAGGAGAGGCAAUCCAAGAGAGCGGUGAACUAUUGCACCCAAAGGAUUACCUGAAUUUUUUCUGCCUUGCCAACAGAGAGAAGAAGGACGGAGAGGAGUUUGUACCUCCCCAUUCUCCCCAACCAGAUACACCAUACUGGAGCGCCCAGAUGCAUAGGAGGUUCAUGGUUUAUGUUCAUUCCAAGAUUAUGAUUGGUAAGACUCAUUUUGCAUCAUUUAGGUUGAGUUCUGAUUUUUAUUCAAUCUCUGAUUCUUUCUUGCUGCGCGUUUUUUCAGUUGACGACACGUAUAUCUUGAUUGGGUCUGCAAACAUCAACCAAAGAUCAAUGGAUGGAAGACGAGACACAGAGAUUGCAAUAGGAUGCUACCAACCAAAAUAUGUAGGAAACAAACAGUGUAAUGGGGAUGUUCAUGCUUACCGGAUGUCACUCUGGUACGAGCAUACCAAUCGUGUUGAGCACUGCUUCAAUGAGCCCCACGGUUUGGACUGUGUGAGGACCAUGCGAGCAAUAGGAGACAAGAUGUGGAGUGUUUACAGUGCAGAAGAGGUAGCAGACAUGGAAGCUAUUCAUUUGGUGACUUACCCGAUAAAUGUAUCGAAGGAUGGUUCAAUUGAAGAUACUACUGAAGAUGGAGGCAACUUCCCUGACACCACAACCCCCAUCAAAGGGAAGAGAUCAAUGGUUCUACCAGCAGUUUGCACCACAUAAAAAGUAUUACAGUACCCAUAGUAAGAAGAUUUUACCAACAUACAUACCACGUAAUUCAGCAACUCCUAGGUCAACAUUCUUUUGAAGAUUAAAACAAAUAAGAUGCUCAUAUAAGUAUCUGCCAGGAGCUAGUUAUUCUGCCAUCUGUACAUAUUAAGCAUUUGCAGGGAGCUAAUUGUUCUGCCAUUUGUACAUUCUUAAUUACCAUGAGUAAGAGACAAUAAAGACUAAUAGCAA